AUGUCACAUGAUUCUGCGCCCACUCCCCUUUCGUCGAGCACGGGCAGCUCCCUGACCGGUACAAUCCGCGUGCCGGGCGACAAAUCCAUUUCCCACAGAUCCUUGAUGUUCGGGGCGCUUGCCGUCGGCCGCACCACCGUCAAGGGCCUGCUGGAAUCGGAAGACGUUCUGGCCACCGCAGAUGCCAUGCGCGCCGUGGGUGCCAUUAUCGAACAGCUCGAUGACGGGUCCUAUUCCGUCGACGGCAUCGGUCUCGGCAGCCUGCUGGAGCCCGAACAAGUGAUCGAUUUCGGCAAUGCCGGUACCGGCGUGCGCCUGACGAUGGGUAUCUUCGGCAGUCACAACAUCGCCGCAACCUUUGUCGGUGAUGCGUCGCUUUCCAAACGCCCGAUGGGACGCGUUCUCAAUCCGCUGCGCGAGAUGGGUACCAACGUGAUCGCACGCGAUGGCGACCGCCUGCCGGCGUCCAUUCGUGGUGCCGAAACCGCUCUGCCGAUCACAUACCGGGUUCCGAUGCCGUCCGCGCAGGUCAAAUCCGCGGUCCUGCUUGCCGGCCUCAACGCGCCGGGCGAAACCACGGUGAUAGAACCGAUCCCCACGCGUGAUCAUACGGAAAAAAUGCUGAAGGGCUUUGGUGCGGACAUCACCGUUUCCCACAACGAAAACGGUGAGAGGGUCAUCAAGUUGAAGGGACAACCCGAGUUGAGGCCCCAGGAUAUCGACGUGCCCGGCGAUCCGUCUUCUGCGGGCUUUCCCCUGGUUGCCGCUUUGAUCGUACCGGGUUCUGACGUCAUGAUCGAAAAUGUCCUCCUGAACGAGCACCGAACCGGCCUGAUCACCACCCUGGUCGAGAUGGGCGGAGACAUCGAGAUCAUCAACCGCCGGGAAACCGGCGGUGAAGAGGUCGGUGACCUCCGGGUGAAGGCAAGCAGGUUGAAAGGCAUUACGGUGCCGGCGGAUCGUGCUCCAUCGAUGAUUGACGAAUACCCCGUGCUCGCGGUUGCCGCCGCAUUUGCCGAAGGCGACACAUUCAUGCCGGGCCUCGACGAAUUGCGCGUCAAGGAAUCCGAUCGUCUUGCCGCGGUUGCCCGUGGCCUGGAAGCCAACGGGGUUCCGUGCAUAGAGACCGAGGAUACGCUGACCGUGAAGGGUGGUGCCGACAAUAUCGGCGGCGGCACCGUCACAACCCAUCUUGACCACAGGAUCGCGAUGGCGUUUCUGGUUCUGGGCAUGGCAUCUCAUCGACCGGUUACCGUUGACGACGGCGCCGUGAUUGCAACGAGCCGCAUGAUCAUCGCGAUUGACGGGCCCGCGGCCUCCGGAAAGGGCACCCUGGCCCGGCGGCUGGCCGAUCAUUUCGGCCUGCGCCAUCUGGAUACGGGAUUGACCUACCGCGCCGUCGCUGCAGCGCUGCUGGCAAAUGGCCUCCCGCUCGGCGACGAGAGUGUCGCCAUCGAGAUCGCCCAGAAUCUCGACCUUGCACAGAUGGACAAGAGUAUUCUCGCCGCUCAUGAAAUCGGUGAGGCCGCUUCGCGUAUUGCGGUUCUCGGCGGUUUGCGCGAAGAGCUGGUGAACCUGCAGCGCCGAUUUGCCCAAACGCCUCCCGGGGCCGUUCUGGACGGACGUGACAUCGGCACCGUUGUCUGCCCGGACGCAACCGUCAAACUGUUCGUUACCGCUGCACCGGAGGCCCGAGCGCGCCGUCGAACAGACGAAAUGAUCUCCAACGGCAAGGACGCCGGCUACACAUCCGUGCUGGACGACCUGAAGCGCCGGGACGAGCGCGACAGCCAGAGAACCGUUGCGCCGAUGAAACAAGCUGACGAUGCGGUCUUGCUAGAUACGACAGAAAUGGAUAUAGAGACCGCGUUCCAGGCGGCUGUGGAUAUCGUGUCCCGCGCCAAGGGUGAUCAGCGGAAACCGCGAUCCCGGGAGACGGACAAUCCGGAGUGCAACACCAACCCGCCGGCGGUGCGCCCACAGGUUGAAGGCCGCGUGCCGCUGAAGGAAUUCGGCGCCAAGGGCCGUGACGGCGAAAUGGGCGUUGGCACGGAAGUUGAAGUUUACCUGGAGCGUGUCGAGAACGCUCUCGGCGAAGCCGUUCUGUCGCGCGAAAAAGCCCGCCGCGAAGAAAGCUGGGUUCGCCUGGAAGUCGCGUUCGAAGCCAACGAAAAAGUCAACGGCCAGAUCUUCAACCAGGUCAAGGGCGGUUUCACCGUCGAUCUGGAUGGCGCAGUUGCAUUCCUGCCGCGUUCCCAGGUGGACAUCCGUCCGGUGCGCGACGUGACCCCGCUGAUGCAUACGCCGCAGCCGUUCCAGAUCCUGAAAAUGGACAAGCGUCGCGGCAACAUCGUCGUGUCACGCCGUGUCGUUCUGGAAGAGACCCGCGCCGAACAGCGUUCGGAACUGGUCCAGAGCCUGGAAGAAGGACAUACCGUGGAAGGUGUGGUCAAGAACAUCACCGACUACGGUGCGUUCGUCGACCUCGGCGGUAUCGAUGGACUGUUGCACGUCACCGACAUCGCGUGGCGCCGCAUCAACCAUCCGUCGGAAGUUCUCACCAUCGGCCAGACCGUCAAGGUGCAGAUCAUCCGCGUCAACCAGGAAACGCACCGCAUCAGCCUCGGCAUGAAGCAGCUUGAAACCGAUCCGUGGGAUGGCAUUGAAGCCAAGUACCCGAUCGAAGCCAAGUUCACCGGCCGCGUGACCAACAUCACCGACUACGGCGCAUUCGUCGAACUGGAGCCUGGCAUCGAAGGCCUGAUCCACGUUUCGGAAAUGUCCUGGACCAAGAAGAACGUCCAUCCGGGCAAGAUCGUUUCCACUUCCCAGGAAGUCGAAGUGAUGAUCCUGGAAGUCGAUCCGGUCAAGCGCCGCAUCUCGCUCGGUCUCAAGCAGACCCUGCAGAAUCCGUGGGAUGCGUUCGCAGAGCAGUUCCCGGUCGGCACCAAUGUCGAAGGCGAAGUCAAGAACAAGACCGAAUUCGGAUUGUUCAUCGGCCUCGACGGCGACGUGGACGGCAUGGUUCACCUUUCCGAUCUCGACUGGAACCGUCCGGGCGAGCAGGUCAUCGAAGAGUACAAGAAGGGCGACAUGGUCAAGGCCGUCGUUCUGGAUGUCGAUGUCGACAAGGAGCGUAUCUCCCUGGGCAUCAAGCAGCUCACCGGCGACCCGAUGGAAACCGGUGCAGGUGGCGAACUCCGCAAGAACUCUGUGGUUACCUGUGAAGUCACCGAGAUCAAGGAUGGCGGCCUGGACGUCAAGAUCGCAGACAGCGACCUGACGGCCUUCAUCCGCCGCGCCGACCUGUCCCGCGACCGUGAAGAACAGCGUCCCGAGAGAUACUCCGUCGGCGACAAGUUCGACGCCCGUAUCACCCAGUUCGACAAGAAGACCCGCCGGGUCACCGUGUCGAUCAAGGCGCUCGAAAUCGCAGAAGAGAAGGAAGCUGUCGCACAGUACGGUUCUUCCGACUCCGGCGCGUCCCUCGGCGACAUUCUGGGUGCUGCCCUGAAGCAGCAGUCCGACGACUAG